AGUUGAAGAUCGGCCCGGGUGGAGAGGGGAAGGCAGAGUGAGGAGAGCGGAGAGAGGGACGGAGGAGGCCAUGAUGAAGGUGCUGGCACUCAUCGUGUCAUUGGUGCUGGUGCUUCCUGCAAACCUGGUGCUGGUCACAACAGCCUACACUGGGCCAUCACCCAGCAGUGCUGCAUUAUUCCCCGAAAUCGCUCAGACCGGGCAAUUAUCCGGCAGCGGUACAUUGUUCAACACCGUCACUAAGACUGCGGCCUCUCCUGGCAACGUCGCAUCAUUCCCUGGCGUUGCCCAGGUUGAGACAUCGCACAACAGCAACACAUCAUCCCCCGAAAUCUCACAGACUGAGGCUUAUUCCACAUCACAACCCGAUGUCAUUUCCCCUGAAACCAACGCUACGGAGCGUCAAGGAGCUAGCUCUAACAAAACUGGAUCAAAAAAUGGCACGACGAUUGUAGAAGCCGUUAGUGAGGUUUCAAACACAACUGAGAAUCUGAAGGAGUCUGAAGGAGUUCAGGCGUCCCAGUACAGCUAUGUCACCGUGCCCGCAGAUAAAGCUGCGCUAGGAACGGCCAUCAAAGUUGAUGGUGGAAGUAGUGGUGGUGUAUACGACGACGACGACGAUGAUGGACUUCAAGUAGGAGUUGAGCGCUACGCAGGCUUAGCCCGUACCUUCGGAAGCGACGACGACGGUAACCGUCCGUUCAUUGGUCCCCAACUGCCUGACAUCGUCCCUGAGUCGCUUCCUCCGCUGGAACCCAUACCGGAGCCGGAACCUGAACCUUCUCUGCCUCUGCCGGAGCCGGAGCCAGAGCCGGAGCCUCUGCCCGCAGCGCAGCCGCUGGUGCAGCUGCCUCCGGUUCCGGAGCCUCUUCCACACCCGGAGCCUCUUCCUCUUCAGGACACUCCUGUGGACCUUCCCUAUUACCCUCCCAUUGUCGAGAUUCCUCCUCCUGUGGUGGCUGUUCCCAUCGCCCCACCGCCAGAGAUCCACUCUAUACCCGACUACAGCUAUGGCUACGGCAUUGAUGACCCUGCCUCGGGCGUACAAAACACCAAAGAGGAAACACGCUUCGGUGACCGCACUGAGGGCUCGUACUCGACGCUGCUUCCCGACGGCCGGAGGCAGAUCGUCACGUACUGGGUGGACGGCAACUCGGGCUACAACGCCCAGGUCACCUACGAGGGUGUAGCGCAUCACCCUGUGCCUGUAGCUGAACAGCCUGUCUAUGCUGCUGGCCAUGAUUACGUCCAACCUGCUCUCAUCGAUAACCAUCCUCCUUACGAUGACAUCGCCAUUGCCGACAACCACGUCAAUGUGGGUUCGCUUCAGGGCGCUGACAUCUCGACAAUCGUCGACGCCGUCUUCAGGAGUGACGGUCUCAGUGCGAGAGAACUUCCCGCUGGAGGCGAUCUUGACGAUGAUCUGGAGCGCAUAUUUGAUCGAACUCCGAUUCGAGGAGGUUAUAAGUAUACCGGAGAGAAUAACGCUCUGUGUCGGUGUUACUACGCAGAGCCGGCAUUUGGACGACGCUAAUCUUAUCUGCUUGUUUAUAAGUGUCAGUUAUUGCACGAGAUAUUGCGAUUCAGCGCGUAACUUUCAAUAAAUCUAUCAAAAUUGUCCGUCCAUUUGGUGUGCGUUGUUGCGAUAAAUACGAAAUUGUGUUUAUUGAAUUGUUCCGUUGCUAUAUCUUAGCAUAUUUAUCUCAGUCGUUUUCUCUUCUGCAUCCUCUUUUGUUUUUAUUCUAUUGUAUCUUCGCACAGCCAUAUUUCCACGAACCAUUCCAGUGUCGUAUGUUUCACAGAUGACAUGCACCAGGCAUUGAUGACCGAGGACGGGGACGUGUUAUGUAAUUGGUCUUGGAAGCGAGACCGGAGACUGGAUCGAUCCCAUACUGCGGAUGGUGCGACGCUGUAUAUGACCGAGAUCGGGUUGCAGUUAUACAUCAAAACCAGUGGACUGGAGGGGGGAAACGCAGCCAUUUGUGCGCUUUGAUGGUGUGAAUUGAAAGCUCUUCAACAUUGCUUCUUAUGUGUUUGUCUGUGUGUUGAUGUAAAGAUGAUUUAAUGAUGAUAUAAGCGAAGCGCCAAAGAAAAAAAAAAUGGUGAGAUUCGGAUGUAUUGUCUGUUCAAUAUAUUUUGAAGGCAAUAACUACGGUAUAAGAUGAAACAAACAUUGCAUGAAAGUCCGUAACUUUUAGUUAAAGGUACAGGAACAGCAUUAAAGGUUGUUGUGACUUUGUGAGGAAUGUCAAGCCUAAUUCUGUGCUUCUUUCAUCCUUUGAUGUUUGCGGUAUGCUGCAUGGGUUUGACAGCAACUGUGUUCAAUAUGCAAACAAGUACAAUACCAAUAUGUAAUCAAGGUCUCACAACAUUGCAUGCAACUCUCAAAGUGAAAUAGUUUCGGGUUACUAAGCAGCCAAUGGCCUUUGCUUAGCAACCACAAGCACAGGCGAUAUAGACCUUAUUUUCAAUCCGCGCCUAUCGUGUGUGUCAACGCACUGGGAGUGCCUGGGAACGAGCAAACGCACUAGGGAGCGAAUUCUAUAUCUAUCCUCCUACAAAGCAGCGCGCUUGCCACCAAAUGCGGCUUCUGGCUGCACGCUGGGUCAUUAUCAUUGCUUGGAUCGCGCUUAGUGCGGAAAUGUAAGCGAACCGAAACAAGUUCAUGCCACCUGUCGUAUCGGAACGUAGAAGUCACGGUGCAUGACGCUUGUCUUUACUGUUGCGCGCUUUGUCCUUGCAUUUUUUACGAAGCCUAGCUAGCGUGAGUUCAUUUGCUGGCUGGUUGAAGUAUUCACUGUACAAUAAAGAUUUAUGUCA